UCCUUCUCAUCCUUCCUCCAGCAUUUCCACUGGCUUGUGAGACAGCAGAGAGACGGACAAGCCAUCGAGAACCACGUCUAUUCCCCUCUCCUUCCCCAAGGGCAACUCUGCCACCCGCCACCCAGGAGGAGAGUGCACAACUUGGAAGGGGUAAUGGGCGAGCGCGGAGCCCUCGGUGCCUGAGGCCGGGCUGCUGCCGCGGGGCUGUCAAGAGGCAAGCGCUUCCCUGCCGGGGCUCUCCUUCGAUGUGCCUGCAACCGGCGGGGCUCGAAGUCGGCAUGAAUUUCGGCGUGCUCUUCGCGUUCAUCCUCUACCUGCCCCUGGCCCGCCCGGAGGGGGACCCCAUACCUGAAGAUAUUUAUGAGAUUUUGGGAAGCAGCUCAGUGCGCUCCAUCAGUGACCUCCAGCGUGCCCUUCGGAUAGACUCCGUAGAGGAGGAUAGCUCGAGCGUGGAUGUGAAUGCAACUCAGCCCCAUCAAAAUUCUUUGGCCCUAUCUCGAGGGAGACGAAGCCUAGAUGCUCUGGCAGCAGCAGAGCCAGCUGUCCUCGCAGAGUGCAAGACGCGGGUGGUGGUCUUUGAAAUCUCCCGCAACAUGGUGGACAGUACCAAUGCCAACUUUGUGGUGUGGCCACCCUGUGUGGAGGUGCAGCGGUGCUCCGGCUGUUGUAACAAUCGCAAUGUGCAGUGUCGUCCCACGCAGAUCCGUGUCCGGCAUGUCCAGGUGAAUAAGAUUGAAUUUGUCCAGAGGAAACCAAUAUUUAAAAAAGUUGUUGUGCCUUUGGAGGACCACGUGCAGUGUCGGUGUGAAGCGGUGUCCCGUCAGCCCCCCAGGAACAGCCGGCCAGGGCAACGUGAACAGAGACGCUUGUCAUCAUCAUUCACCACAGCCGCUGUCUCUCAGAGGCAACGAGCACGCCGGCUGCCAGCACAGAAGAGGAAACAUAAGAAGUACAAGCAUGUCAACGAUAAGAAAGUGCUGAAAGAAAUCCUCGUAGCAUAGGAGUGCUGGCAGGGGAGAGAGAACACAAGGCAGGUUUAUUUAAUAUAUUUGCUGUAUUGCCCCCAUGGGGUCCUUGGAGUGAUAACUUUUCCUCUUUGUCUGUCUGCCUCGACGUCUGAUUCAGACGGCAAAUGGUGCUUCCCUUUCCAUCAAUGGACCUUUCCCACCAAAGUCUCUCCCUUCUUUCAUUUAUUAACAUCAUUUUAAAGUUUUACAAAAAAAAAACCCCUCCAACUUAUAUAUAUAAGAAAAGAACAAAAUGCAAACAUGAAAAAUGAACCCCAUCAACCACAACAUGCGGUGAGGACAGGACAAUGCCUUCCCUACUCUAGAGGACAGGAUGGAAAAUGUGAAAAGGAAAGUGGGUCCAAUUUCUUCAGAGAGGAGGAGAAAAACAGACAGAGGGAAGAAGGGGAAUGUUCUUCCUUUUCCUUGUGCUUCUGGUAAGGCUGGAGGGCUCGGCUGAGAUCAACACUUGCACUGGACCUACUUUUUCAAAACAGGCAUAUCUCAGAUUGCAAGCAGCAACUGAUGAUGGAAAAUGCACUAAGGACUUCUAUUGCCCUACCUGGACAGAUCUAUAUUUUUAAUGUGCGUGUGUAUAUUUUAUUUGAAAAAGAAAAACCAAAACCACUAGAACAUACAACAUCUCGGGGAACAGAAAACAAAAAACAAAAAAGCCAAAUGCAUUCCCCCCUCCUUUUCCCCUCCUGCUCCUGGUGCUGACUGGAAGGUGUUUGGAUUAUAGGGAAGGAGUAGAUGGCUGGCAGAAUUGUCUCCACAGCCCUGGCCCCUGACAAGGGGAGCCAUCUUUGCACAUGCUGGUGGAGAAUUCAGCUUUCCAGGCUCGAACUCAGAUUAUUUUUUAAAUUUGCUCUGUAUGUGUGUGCCUGUAUAUGUGUGUGUGUGUAUAUGUAUAUAUUUAUAUAUAUAUACACACACGUGUGUGUGUGUGUGUGUGUAUUUAUACAUACAUAUAUAUAUAUAUAUAUAUAUAUAUAAAUAUAUAUAGAAAUAUAUAUAUAUGUUCUUAAAUGGAUUUCACUCCCCAGUGGCAGGAACCUCAGUGGCACGUGCAUGCAUCAGCUUGGGUGGGCUAGAAGAAAAGCGCAUUUUUUCUGCACUGUUACUCAGUGCCUGUGGGGUCUAGGACAGGACGGACAGAGGCGCAGCCUGAUCUCUCUCUAUCUUGUUGCCCUUUUCUCUCACUCUCCACCAACCCCCCCCAUCACAACUUCCUUGCAGGAGGCAAAGUGGCAGCACAACAAGACCGACAAGAGCCAAACUUAGAAGCAUGACUUAAUCUAAAUGAGCUGUCCUUGCCUGCUCUGUGGUCCUGAAAGCAGAAUAAUGUCAUUCCCCUGAGCUUUUUAACCCCUUCAUGGAUGUCCUGUGCACCAUGCCCUCAUUGCUCUCUCCCUGUCAAUGUUCCUGGAUCUCCCAUCUUUUCCUUCACAUUAUCUCUCUCAAAUUCCUUCAUGCCCCUUGAUUUUACCUGUUCAGUGAUCCAAGCCCACUGAGCUUAGAAACUGGUCCAAGAUAUGGCUAGUUGUACGUAGGCAUAGAGAAAAUUAGUGAGGAUGAUUCUUGUAGUUUGCAGCAGCAGUCUGAGACAGAAAUGAGCCCUCUGAGGAACAGCCGGGUGGUCAGUCACAGAGUCCCUCCUGGGCCACUGUAAAAUCUCUCUGGAGAAGGACUCCCUUCUGCCUGGCGGGGGCCAUUUCUGCACAGUCGAUAGUCAGUCAUCAUUAGUGGAAACGUUAUUUACAACGAGAAUUUUCAGUGUUGCCUCGGAAUCCCAGUCUUGGAUCCUGCCGUGCUGGGCCCUGCAGAGUUACACAAGAAGCUCCCUGCCCUGAGAUAGAGUUGCAGUUCCUGCCUGCCGCUCCUGCCUCCAGCCGUUUCUCUCAGUUCUCCCCGACAGAUGCAGAGCAAAGUGCCAGAAAAACCUGGGGAAAGGAGGUGAAGCCACAACCUGGGAGCUCUUACAAAUUGCCGUGGACUCAGCCCUUGCCUUCUACAAGCCUAGAGCACUUUUGAUAACCACUGCCAAGGCUGCACCUUGCUCCAUUCCUCCUACUCUAAGCCCUCAAGUCUUAAGACACUUUGUUUUUCUGUUCCAAAAUCUGUUUCUUUGGUUUGUAAAGAUGGUGAGGUUUUAUUUUAUUUUAAUUUUUUUUGGCUUUUUUUUAAUGUAAGAUUAAUUUAUACUCAGUACUGUAUUUAAAGUUGUAAAAAAAUGAAAAAAAAAAUCUCUCAA